CAAAAAGUUUACAAAAUAUUUAUUCUUUUACGGCGCGCCAUUUCUACUUCAAUGAAGAAUUUGGGGUUUUCUUGUUCUCACCAAUUCGCAAGCUUUCUCUUUCAGUUUUGAAAAAUUAAUCCUUCCAUUGUACAGGUUUUGGUUGUAAUUGGAAAUGAUGCCUCGACCAUUGUUGCUUGUUUUUCUACUUCUCAUGAUUGUAAUCACUUCUCAGUUUGAGUGGAAACAACAACUUGUGGUUGAUGUUGAUUCUACUUCAAGCUUAUCUCUGAAGCAGCGACGGAUUUCAAAGGGGGUAGAAACAGUAAAGGAAAAGAUUAUUUUAGUGCAAGAGAAAAAUAUUCGAAGAUUGAAUGAGGUUGUAAGGCAUCUCCAGCAACAAUUGCAUCAAUGUAGAAGCACAAAUAAUGGUACGACAAAUAGCACCAUUGUAAGUUUAUAUUAGAGACUGAUCAAUGGUAAUAUCAUUAUACUUCGAUUUUUAGUGGAAUACGGCUCAAUUGUUGCUGUAAUCUUUAUGCUAAUGUUGUAAAGUCUUUUUCUUAAGAUCUUUGAAAGGAGAUGUUAUAAAAAAUCUGCUUCUCAUUGUAUAUUAUAGGAAAUAUUAUUAUUUCCAUUUCACUACAAGACUAUAACAUCAAUGAAAAAGAAAUUGCAAUGUGUUUGAUUGUUCA